CUUAAGUAGUGUUAGGACCAUUAUUACUAGUUAUGAACCUGGCAGUAUACCCAUGCAGUGUUUUUAAAAGGUAACUGUGCGGCAGUGGUGUGUGUAUGUGUUUCAAAUGUUAGUUCGUAGUAGUAGUCCGUGUGGUAGCUACGUUAGUGGUUGUGGUAUGUAUGAGACAGUUAACUUUGUUGUUGUGAUGCGUGUGCGACAUGUCAGUGUUUACUAGUGGUAUGUGUGUGACAUGUCAGUGUGUAUUAGUGGUAUGUUUGUGACAUGUCAGUGUUUACUAGUGGUAUGUGUGUGACAUGUCAGUGUGUAUUAGUGGUAUGUGUGUGACAUGUCAGCGUGUACCAGUGGUAUGUUUGUGACAUGUCAGUGUGUACUAGUGGUAUGUGUGUGACAUGUCAGUGUGUACAAGUUGUAUGUGUGUGACAUGUCAGUGUGUACUAGUGGUAUGUGUGUGACAUGUCAGUGUGUACUAGUGGUAUGUGUGUGACAUAUCAGUGUGUAUUAGUGGUAUGUGUGUGACAUGUCAGCGUGUACUAGUGGUAUGUGUGUGACAUGUCAGUGUGUACUAGUGGUAUGUGUGAGACAGGUAAGUUUUGUUUUAUCGAUGUUCGUGACAGGUAAGUGUGUGGUAGUUUUGGGUGUGACACAGCAGUAUAUAUAUAUAUAUGUAUAUGUGAAGGAGUGUGAGACAAGUAAGUUUGUUAUGUGAAGCGUAGGGAGGAGUCAAGUGAGUUUGUUUGAUUUGACUGGGACAGGUGAGUGCGUCAUAAGUGUCGUUGGGGUCAGUUUGUGUGCGGGUGUGGGACGGGUGGGAUUGUGGGACGUGCAGGUGGGUUUUUGUUGGGUGGGGCGUGGGACACAAAAGCUGCGUGGCGUCAGCAACUACUUGUAGUUAAUUUGUCUGUUGCUGUCAUUUUUAAAAUUCAAGAUAAAACACAACCAAAUCGUCUUCAGUGUUUUUGGCUUGGUAUUCAACAUACACAAUAAUCAACUGACACCAUUUUAUUUUGGUCUCUUUGAAAAGGGGAAGUAAGACUGACUUGACAACUUUGCCAAUCAAAGGGUAGUCUCUGCUGACAUGAUGGUGAGCGUACUUAAUCUUACCGCCUGCCUGGUGUUGAUGUGCGUUCUAGAACAGGGUGAGUCUUUCUCAAUCGUCUUCAUGUUGUGUGCGACAAGCACAUUCAUUAAUGUUUAUACAACAACACACAUGCAUCGCUUAAUGGGCUUACACAGAUCUAAGGCUUAUUCAAGACGAUAAUAACAAAACAAAUUGUUAACUAAUUAACUAGGGCUUUACGGGUGCAGCUUUUUUUACAAAAAAAACUGGGUAGGUGCAUUUUGAGACAAUAUACGGUAGGUCCAAGAGUUCCAUAAAAAAAAAAAAAUAUUUAAUUUCUUAUUUUCUAUAAUAUAUGCCAGCCUUUAAAGAAUAGUCCUACAGACAGUUAUAGAACCAUUGCUACCGGCCUUUAAACGAAAGGUCUACCGACAGUACUACACACUACACACUACUAUUAAACAAUAGUCCUACAGAAGUUCAUUGAACACUAAAUGUCAGCUUUUAAAUAAUAGUCCUACAGGUAGUCCUAAGGAUAGUCCUACACAAUACUCGGGGCUCUAUAUUGAUUAAUAUAAUAGUCAUCUCGGAAAAAAAAAUUAAUCCUUACCUAAGUUCAACCGUCACGCGUAAUACUCGUUGCUCAACCUUAAAAAAAAGGGGGAGGGGGGCCCUUAAGUACUAAUAAUUUAAGAUAUGUUGAGUAUGGGGAGGGUCGGUUCGGAAAUGGAAGAAGUCACACCAGAGGCAAUAUAUAUCUAUCUAUAUAUAUAUAUAUAGAGAGAGAAAGAGAGUUUCAUACUUCCAGGCCCACGUACUUUGUCAAACGGAUGGUUGGCUUGUGUCAAAACAAACCAGAUCAACGAAAUCAACGAACAUUCCGUUGUGGUCUAUCUACAUACAAUUAUAUAUAUAUAUAUGUGUGUAUAGAAUGGCCACUGGUGUCACCACAUUGAACGUUGAAAUGACGUUGAUGCGCUCAAAGCGAAAACUGAAAAAUAAAGUUUGGCACAAGCCACGACCUGUUCCCUUUCUUGUUGCUUGAGUUCACGUUCCCAAAUCGUUUUCGCGGGGAUAUUUUAUUUUCAAAUUCAUUGUCUCCUUGGUGGGAGGGGACGGCACGCAUGGCUGAUCUCAAUCUCUGUUGUCUUUACCAUUCGUUUAUUUGAGAAACUUUUUCCCCAAAAAAAAAAAAAAUAUAAAUAUAUUUUAAUUUUUAAUCUUUUAAAAACUUAGUAUUUCAUUUUUUAUAUAAAAUGUGCUGAAAUGAAUAGGGAUAGUGUCAUAACAUUAAUACAUUUCUGUCUAUUUGGAUGAAUCAAAUAAUUUUAUCUUAUUUAUAAAAGAAUAAGCGUUUAUAUAUAUAUAUAUAUAUAUAUAUAUAUAUAUAUAUAUAUAUAUGUAUUAUGUAUGUAUGUAUGUCUGUAUUCAUAUAUGUAUAAACAGAUUUCAGAAAAAACGGCGAGUUGACACACAUAUGAACAUGAUGAAACAAAAAUUCAAAUAUCAGCGUAGAGAAUGUAAUGAUCUUCAAAAAUAAUUAAACAAUUUUUUUAAAUUUUCCAGGAUAUGAUGUAGACGCGCACCUGCCUGAAGCAGAGAUCUCUGGGACAUCUGGGGAUCAUGGAAGGAAAGGGAUGUCUGGUAGUGAUGGUACACCUGGGCCUCCUGGGGAAACAUUGGGGGCUAAAGGACCUCUAAGAUUCAGGGGACACAGGCUUGGCGGGAGUCCUGGACGAAACGGGCAACCCGGGAUACCUGGGAAGAAUGGUUCGCCCGGUGAAGAAUGUCUGGCCAUGGGAACCGCGGCUGCCGGGGAACCUGGGCUGGCUGGGAGGGAUGGUGAUCCUGGAUUGCCCGGCUACCCUGGUAUUCCUGGGGAAAAGGGGUCUCCCGGUGGACCAGGUGUGAAUGGGGGACCAGGGGGUCCUGGUGGACCCGGG